AUGCUAAGAAAUUUGGGCAGAAGAUUUAUAACGACGCAGAGACCUCCAGUUGAUUCCUCUGCGACUAGCACUAUCAUCCCCUCUUCUAAAUUCAUCAAUUUCGAUUUCCGAGACCCACUCAAGCUCGACACGCUACUAACUGAAGACGAACUGGCAAUUGAAGAAAGCGUGAAAGUCUACGCACAAGAACAACUCUCGCCUAGAAUCCUCGAAGCUUCACGACAUGAACACUUUGAUCGUCAGAUACUCAAAGAAAUGGGUCAGUUAGGUUUCCUUGGCGCCACUCUCGACGGUUACGGCUGUGCCGGUGUCUCUAAAGUGGCAUACGGCUUGAUCACGAGGGAGGUUGAGAGAGUCGAUAGUGGAUAUAGAUCGGCAAUGUCGGUUCAAUCGAGCUUAACAAUGUAUCCAAUCCACGCUUUCGGUAGCGAAGCGCAACGCGAGAAAUAUAUUCCAGGACUAGCAUCCGGCGAUCUAGUAGGUUGUUUCGGACUGACAGAGCCACAACAUGGAAGCGAUCCAAACGGAAUGGAGACGAUAGCUGAAGAAACACCCCAUGGAUACAAACUCAACGGCUCCAAAACGUGGAUAACCAACUCUCCAAUUAGCGACGUGUUUAUGAUAUGGGCGAAAUGUAAAUGGGAUGGCAAAAUUAGAGGCUUUAUCCUUGAGAAGGGUAUGGACGGUUUGACGGCGCCUGCAAUCAAGAAUAAGAUGGGCUUAAGAGCUUCGCUUACAGGAUCGAUAUAUAUGGAUGAUGUACAUGUGUCCUCAGAACACAUUUUGCCCAAUGUUUCUGGUCUCAAAGGACCAUUCAGCUGUCUCAACCAAGCGCGUUACGGUAUCUCGUGGGGUGUGAUGGGUGCAUUGGAAGAUGUUAUUGCUCAAUCCAGAGAAUAUGCCCUCGAUAGAAAGCAGUUCAAUCGUCCAUUAGCGUCUUUUCAACUCGUCCAAAAGAAACUGGCUGACGCAGUUACUCAAGUUCCGCUGGGUCUUCUCGCGUCUUUGCAAGUUGGAAGACUGAUGGAUGCAAAUACCUACAGCCCAGAGAUGAUCUCACUCGUGAAGCGCAACAAUUGCGGUAUGGCUUUGCAACAUACGCGCACGCUUAUGGAUAUAUUUGGCGGUAAUGGUGUGGCCGACGAGUAUCAUGUCGGUCGGAUUGCUAACAACCUGCACGUCACAAACACGUACGAAGGUACACACGAUAUGUGA